CACUCUCAUUCCUCUCUCACAGGACCAGUCUUCGAGUUUAUCAAAUACUUCUAUAAACAUCAAUCGAUCGUAUCAAGGUUUAUUUCUGUAAACGAUGUCUUCGACAACUCUCUACACCUUCGAACUCUCGGUCUGGUCCGCUGUUGCUGAACUCGCGGUCUUGGAGCUUGGCCUCGCAGACAAGGUCGAAAAGAAAUAUGUUGACCUCGUCCACGGAGAGAAUUUCAAGCCCGAGUUCGUCAAGAUCAACGAGAACGCCACCCUCCCUACUAUCGUUGGUCCUGAUGGCACGGUGUACAAGAACACGACAGACGUGGUGAACUAUUUGGCGUCGAUCGCGCCUGUCAAGGUGAAGGCUGCCACCGAAAUCACAGCCUUGACCCAUGAAGCGAACAUCGACCCGAACUUUGCGUUGCUUUCCGCUAGGAACGCGGAGGAGCUCGCAGCGAAGUCUAGCGCUUUCCCCAAGGUCUUCGUCGAAAACCGCCAUGCCGGUAUCACCAAAUACUCUUCCACCCCCGAAGCCAAACCCUUCGAAGCCCUCUACACCGGCAAACUCGCCGGCUCUAGCUGGCUCCUCUCCCUCUACACCAACACCGCCGACGAGGCCACUAAGGCCGAGUUCUACAAAGCAUCGCAAGCCACUUGGGACGCUCUCACCGUCUUCUACUUCGAGACUCUCCCCGCCAAACUCCGUGACGCGGGAGCUGGACCGUUCUUGGGCGGAGAGAAGCCUGGCGUCGAUGAUUUCCAUGUGGCGGCGCGGGUGGCGCAUUUGGCGAGUUUGUUCGGGGCGACGAAGAGCGAGGAGGGUUUGGAGGCCUUUAGGAAGGGGUUUGGCGGCAAAGAUGUUCCGGUUGAGAUUGUGAAGUACUGGGAAGCGUGGACCCCCAGGGAGAGCUGGAAGCAGGUCUACGCGAAGACCCUUCAUUAGAGAACGACCGUGUUUGAUGUUGAGGGACAUUGUACUUUAUACCUGGAUUGUUUGGCUUUGUUGUUAAUGAAUGAAUGAUACCAUUUUCUUUCCUUGUGCCUGUACCGAGCGCCACACCUCCUUUGGUGGAAUU